UUUGGAGUGGGAUCUGGUGAAGUCAGUCUCCACUAAAGUACAGAAGCUCGCUCACUCUCUCACUACCUUAAAGUCUUUUUCUCUCACACUGGUGCAAAUUUCCAACUCAACGCUUUGACUCCCACCGCUUGCUUCUCAGGGAGAAGUCAAGUUUGGGGUAGGGUACUGCUAGGAUAAGUGUACAUCAUGUUGAAGAAGCCGCCAAGUAGGAAUCACAGAACCAAACAAAUCAAGGUGAAGCAUAUUUUGCAGAUUGCCCUGCUCCUUGGGGUUUGCUUUUGGUUGCUUUAUCAGCUUAAGCAUUCCCAUGAUAAGAAAUUGGUGUUGGAUGAGAAAGCUGCAAAAGCCUCAAUCAGAUCCCAGAGUGAAGGUGAGCUUCUGAAACUUGGGAGGAAAGACCUUCCUCACAAGGACGUCAGUAAAAAUGUGAAACAAGAGGAAGAGGAGGAAGAAGAAACUGCAGGAGACGAAGAAGAGAAGCAUGAGGUAGAAGGGCGAGAAGAAGAAGAUCAAAAACAUGAAGUAGAAGAGCAAGAAGAAGAGGAUCUGAAGCAUGAUGUAGAAGAGCAAGAGGAGGAGGAAAGCAAGAAUGAUGAUACAGAAGAUGAGGGAGGAGCUGGAGAUGAUGAGAUAGAUGAAAAUGAGCAAGAGAGAAAAGAAGGAAAAAUUGACCAUGAAGAAGACAUUUUAGAUGAAGAGAAAGAAAGAGAAGAUGAUGGUGAUGAGAAGGAUGGUGACCGGAAUGAGAGGGAAGAGAGAGAAGGUCGAGCAGAAAAUGAUAACUCAUCAGACGAUCAAGGCAACAACGGAGGUGAUAAGAAUGCUCAUGAGGCACGAGAGGAACAUUACAAGGGGGAUGAUGCUUCUAGUGCAGUGACCCAUGAUGCCCAAGUUAUAAGCGCUGAAACUGAGAAAGUAAGUUCAGAAAGUGGAAAUGAGAACUCUGGAAGCAGCUCUCUGGAAAAGGAGAUAAAAUCUAAUUACGCUGAGGAUGUAAAUGGAAACCAAAACAAUUCAAGAUUGUUGGAUGGUAGUACGGCCGAAAAUGGCACUGUAAGUGUGGCUGCAAGUGAAGAGAAAGUUGAUGAAAAUUUGUCCAAUCCUGUGGACAGCUCAGUUUUAAAUGCAACUAUGAAAGUACAGUCCGGUGAUAUACCAGAAGCAGACAAUAACUCGACAAAUGUGAGUACAGAAUCAAGCAACAACUCACUGGAAGUCAACCAGGCAAAUGGAACAGAAACUGUAUCUGUGUCAGCUCACUCUCAAAAUGGUACAUUGGAUGGUAUGACUACUAGAGAGGGAAUUGCCGGAGAAACCUUGGUUGUGGAAUAGACUAAUAACACAAUUUCUGAUAAUUAUCACUCAGAUUCUAAUUCAACAGUUUCUAGCAAUAAGGUAGAGAGUAAUGUGUCCGAAAAGAUCUUAAGAUCUAAUGGCACAGCUCAACUGGAGGAUGACUCCAGGUCUUCAACAAUAAAGGAGUCUACGGAUGCCACAAAGAAUGAAGAAUUGAAGAAUGAAGAUGCCAACAAGAAUGAGGAAAUAAAGAAUGAAGUGGCCACCAAGAACAAAGAGUUGAAUGGCACAAGUGAAUCCGGCAAGACUGCCAACAGUUCAGACUCUAGAAAUGGGACGGAGGAUGCAGUUCAGCAUGACCCCAUCGAUUCUUCUGAUACCCUCGUCUCCGAAGACAAGAAAGAGGUUCGCACAGAGUUAGAUACAUCGCCAGAGAUGAAAACAGAGGGCAAUGAGAAUGGACAGGCUGCAGCAGAAUGAUGAUUAUGGUCUUUGGGUUCUUCUGGUGCUUUCAGUUUUCAUGCUUGCGUUUGGUUUUGAUAUGCAAGGUGGGAUGAAAUCCCCUAUGCAGUGAGGUUUAGUGUUUAUGAAUUUGUCUAUGGCUAGAAUAUCAAUACAGCAAGUAAAAUGUAGGCUAGUUUAUAUCAUCAGCAGCUUUAAUCUGUAAAACUAAAUUAAGCUUUCCACUGUAUUAUGUUUAGCUUCUCACCCUUGCUUUC